UCGUGUUCGUCCUCGUCGUCCUCGCAGGUCUAACCAUCCAAGGCCGCUGUGAUUCUAUUCGGGGCUACCCUCCUGGUCCCUCUGCAGAUUUGUCCACCGUCUGGACCACUACAAGCUAUCAAGAAGUAGGCAGAUUUUACAGUGUUGAUCCUUUAAUCGCACGCCCUGUCCCCGGCAAUCACAGUCUUGUUUUUGCUGCUGGCUUCUACAGUGAUUACUACAGCGUUAAGAACGUUUUUGGAGUCUAUGUAGCUGCUCUUGUAAACCAGUCAGAUAGGAGGCUGCUUAGGGAACCAAUGGCAGUUGUCUGGUCUGCAAACGGCGACCACCAGGUCCAGCUGAAUGCCACCCUCAACUUCACCCCGGUGGUGAUUUGGUUCUUCGGGAUGCCGAUAACAGCCUGUUUGGUCCACCAACACAUCAGGCCAGUCUGUUGCUGGGAUGACCAUCAAUGACCUCGGCAAUCUGGUGCUCUUCGAUCAAAAUAACAGGUCAGUCUGGCAGUCAUUCGAUCACCCGACAGAUACUUUGCUUCCCAUGCAGCCACUGUUGGAGGGAAUGACCCUGAGGUCUAACUCCUCCUUCACCUACCGGAGUGCCAGCGACAGAUUUUACUUCACUGUUCUUUCUGGUGGUCUAUCUGCUUAUGUUGGAUCUGCCCAACCUCAGGAAUACUAUGCACUUCCGGCAUCUAUUGGAAACAACUCAUACAUCACCCUUGUGAACAGUAGUCUCACCGUCUUUGACGCAGCCUCCAGGCCACAGAUAUUGUUAAACUUGCAUCCUCUAUGGGCUUCACUUUUUCAGUUCAUCAGGUUUGAGUCUGACGGCCAUCUCAGGUUAUACGACUGGGUAGACGGAGACCUAGAGAUGAUGUUGGUACCACGCGAUGUCUUACAACAGGAAGACUGUGAUUACCCAACUGCAUGUGGGGAGUAUGGCAUCUGCUCGGGAGGCCAGUGCUCCUGCCCAACUUCAAAUAACGCGACAUAUUUUAAGCAGAUCAUCAACCAGUCACCCAAUCUUGGUUGUGUACUGGAAACCCCAAUUUCCUGCCAAUCUAUGCAAGAUCACAGACUCGUAGCUUUUCCUGAUUUGUCUUACUUCUAUCAGAACAACUCCAUAGAAGCACAAGAGAGUGAUGAGGAGACAUGUAAGCUCUCUUGCUUGAGGACUUGCUCAUGCAAAGCUGCCAUGUUUCGCUCCUACGGUCCAAAUGCUGGUGGUUGUUCCUUAGUAAAACAAGUCCUUACACUACAGGCAGGUUAUUCAGUCGGGAAUAAUUCAGCAUAUCUGAAAAUCCAGAUGACACAUCCACCUCAGACAGCAAAGCGAAGGGUGCUUUUAGGUCCCCUGCUUGCAGGAUCAAUUGCUUUACUAAUCCUGCUUAUCUUUGCCUUGUGGGUCAUAAGAAGGCGAUAUCAAGAAAAAGAUGAGGAAUUCACCAACAUACCUGGAAUGCCCUCGAGAUUCACCUUUGAGAAGCUGAAAGUAACAACCAACAAAUUCAGCAACAAACUCCGCGAAGGAGGAUUUGGCUCAGUUUUCAAGGGGCAGUUAGGCGAAGAGACUGUUGCCAUAAAACAGUUGGACAGAGCUGGUCAGGGAAAGAAGGAAUUCUUGGCAGAAGUCCAGAUAAUUGGUUGCAUUCAGCACAUCAAUUUGGUCAAGCUGGUUGGCUUCUGUGCAGAGAAAUCACAUAGGCUCUUGGUUUAUGAGUAUAUGCCAAGAGGGUCGCUCGAAAAGUGGAUCCAUUACAAACAUAACAGUACUCCCCUUGAUUGGUGUACAAGACGCAAGAUUGUUACUGACAUUGCCAAGGGCCUCUCUUACCUUCAUGAGGAUUGUAGGCAGAGGAUUGCUCAUCUGGACAUCAAACCACAUAACAUCCUCUUAGAUGACAACUUCAAUGCAAAGGUGUCCGAUUUUGGGCUGUCCAAGCUGAUAGACAGGGAAGAUAGUCAAGUAAUGACCAGAAUGAGGGGAACACCUGGGUAUAUGGCACCUGAGUGGUUGACAUCUCAAAUCACUGAGAAGGUUGAUGUCUACAGCUUUGGUGUUGUUGUCAUGGAGAUCAUCAGCGGAAGAAAGAACCUGGACUACUCUCAACCAGAAGGAAGCGUACAACUCAUUACCUUGCUUCAGGGGAAGGCGGAGAACGGCCAGCUGGAAGACAUGAUCGAUGGAAACAGCGAUGACAUGCACUUACACAAGGAGGAAGUGGUUGAGGUGAUGAAGCUAGCAAUGUGGUGUUUGCAGAGUGACAAAAACAGAAGGCCUGCCAUGUCACUGGUGGUGAAGGUCAUUGAAGGAGAGAGGGAUGUGGAAGCCAAUUUGGAUUACAACUUCUUUGACCUGAGCCCUGCGAUCUCUGUUCCAGUAUGCCGGUCCACUUCUUCAGCUGUACCUGCCGCAUCAAUUCUCUCAGCCCCCAGAUGAACUUGUAAACAUGUAACUCUGCCAUGUGGAGCCAUAUUUGCCAGUCUUGUUGAAAACAGCUAUUUAGUUUGUAUCGGAGAAUAAAUCUCCAUACUGAUGGCAGGGCAUGAAUAAAACGUUUGUACCUAUGAUUAGGCCAUGAUAAUUGAUAAAUUUCGCCAAAAAAAUAUGCCACACUGUAACUUGUGGGUCUAUUUUAUUUUCCAGAGGCAAAGAACUACUUGCUUACAAAAGUGAGAAGUAGGUUACUUACUUCUAGGCAGAGUUUCUCGAUACUGCAUAUAAAAAGCACCUGUUAUAUUACUCCGCUUUCUGUAUUAUGUAUUAGAAGCAUCAACCAUUUUAGUCCUCAGCCAAGUUAGGAGAUGCAGUCCCAUACC